GAUUACUCUUUAUCCGAUUAUGAAAGUACGCACUCGAAAUACCUCAGUUUCAAUGAAACUCAAAUGUGAAAUGAGACAAUUUUGCAACAAUGAAAACGUGGCUGUAUUUUGCUGAUCUUCUCGGGAACAAAUAUGCCUUUUUCGUGGCAAUUAUUGGUGACAUGCUCUGCCUAUUCACUGGUAUGUCCCUAGCAUGGUCAUCACCAGUUCUCAUCAAACUAAAGAAUGGUACCGAUGACAGUCCCCUGGGGAACCCCAUCACCUCAGAGCAGUACGAUUUGAUCGGCUCAGUUUUCUCUAUUGGAGGAGCUCUUGGUCCAAUAGUACUCAUUUUCUCCUUGGAACUUUUGGGAAGGAAGGCUACAAUGUUGAUUUUAGCAACCAUUUUUCCAAUAUUCCACUUCAUCCUAGCCUUCAGCACUAACAUAUAUGUCUAUUAUGGAUGCAGGAUUGCUUGUGGAUGUGCUGUUGGUGGUUCUUUCAGUAUAGUGGCUGUGUAUGUCAGUGAAAUAGUAUCAGCAAAGAUGCGAGGAACGUAUUUGUCCUUAGGGACCUCUUUCAUCCUCACCGGGUGUCUAUUGUCUUACAGUAUAGGUCCCUACGUAUCUAUACGUAUCUUCAAUUUGAUAAUAGCGGUAUCUUCUCUCCUAUACAUUCCUUUGUUCCUGUUAACGUGUCCAGAAACCCUGUACUACACGAUGCAAAAACAUGGAUCUGAAAAAACAGCUAUCCUCCUACGGAAACUCAGAAACACAAGCUCAGUAGAUGUAGAGCUAGAGGAAAUAGAGUACGCUGUAGGUAAUGAAGAAAGAGGUAGUCUUUUGGAUGUAUUCAGAGAUAAAGCAGCCACUAAGGCAUUCUUCAUAUGUACAGUGCUCCUGAUUCUGCAACAAUUUUGUGGAGUGAACGUUAUAAUGACUUACACCCAACAAAUUUUCAAGGAUGCUAAAGUCAAAAUUGCUUCUGAAGUUUGCACGAUAAUUGUCAGUGGUUUUCAAACUGCUACAUGUCUUAUAACACCUAUAGCAUCGAAGAGAUUCGACAGAAAACACAUGUUGAUAUUCUCUUUCAUCGGGGUUAGCCUUUCUAACAUUCUGCUUGGGUUGUACUUCACAGUGGAUUCCAUCAAGAGUCUAAACUGGGUAGCAUUGGUUUCUCUUAUAUCCUUCGUGAUAUUCUACAACUGUGGAGUAGGCCCUUUACCUUGGGCUACCUUAGGGGAGUUGUAUCCUCAAAAUGUUAAGUCUGUUGGUACUGCAACUUCAAACACUAUAUACUGGGUGUUUCAGUUCUUGCUCACCUAUUAUUUCAACAAAAUCAAUGAAGGUGUUGCUUUCUUGGUUUUCGGAGGUUUGUGUAUGAUGGCUGCUGUUUUCGUUCAAGUUUUUCUUAUUGAAACUAGGGGUAAGACUCUGCAAGAAAUUCAGAGGCAGCUGAAGAGUUGAGAUUUGACUUCACUUUGAAAUCUCUGUGAUGAAUCUAUCUUAAGCUUACAUAUUGUUAAAUAUUUUUAUUUUUGUGAAUUUUUCCUUUAUUUGUUAAUAAAUGUAGUUAUACUAAAAUAAAAAUAAUUUUUCUUGUUU